GCCUCGAUCGUGGGCUUUGCCCUCUGCCUCCACCUUCCAGCCGGCUCCAUCAGCUCGGGGCGCCGUGGGCGUGAGUCGCGACAGCGGAGGCACUCCACGUCUAUCCAGCAUCCCACUUGGUGACCGGACUGUUUACCCGAUCCCAUUAUUAUCGCAACGGAUGUCGCUACACCAAAAAGAGGCAUCAAACCCGGCUCCAUUUGGAUGGCAUGUGAGAUGAUCAUUCAUGUCCUCAGUCAUGGCAGGCACUUGGCGCAGUGUCAUUAUCCCGUUGCGAAAGUUGCGCAUGAAUGGCCUGGAUCGUAACCUUGAUGCGUAGAUGGGCGCAACCUUGAUGUCAGUACCGGACGCCACCACGAAAUAUCAAAUCCGGGUUUAAGGCUCUAUAAAGGCGGUACUCAUUACCCACGGACAACAUGAAGCAGCCCAAGACCACUGGUCUCUCAUCUGACGCAGGCCAUAUGCCUGACGAAGGAUGUACGGACAUGCAACCACCCCAGCAACAUGACCCAGCUUGGUAUAUUAGCACGAAUCGGUGGUUUUGCGAACACUGUCUCUGUUCUCAUCCCAUCUCGGCAAAUGACCUUCCGACCUCCUCCAAAAAUUAUAGUUCGUGCCACUGGAAGAACCCGAAUUUCUAUCGGGGAGUCGAAAUAAGCAGCAUAGUGGCUGCGAGAUACUACAAUCUCCAAGACCAUCACAAACAGAUCAUCCUGCGGAACGUUCAGCACUUUGAUAUGCUCGACUUCGAGGCCCGGCGCCACCUCCGCCAUCUUUUAAGGAUUGCCACCUUUCAAAUUCAGGGCGGCGACCUACCACUUACGCUAAAAGUGACACCACGCGUCGUUAAGCAGCAGAAAUCGGGCACCAGCACAACCAAACUCCUAAUCAAGUACAGGUGGACGUAUACGCCUGCCGACCAGCGAGUCAUAACUGUUACGGAUCUCAAAGCUAUCAAGCUUUGUACCCAUGUGGGAUUUCAGCACAACGUUGCAGAUGCGUUACUGGACCCGACUAGCAUCACGUCUCGUAUGAAGGCUGCUCUCUGCACCCCCCACGGCUCUGUACAAACAAGCAAGCUUCCAAUCAGGUCCGGCUUUUGUCGCGACUGUCACCUCGAAUACACAGUGGGCCAGUGGAUUGGCGACAAACGUGUUCUCGUCGUGGCUUGGCAGGAUAUUAGCCCUCACGACCCGGCACUGGACAGCACGAAUCCGACGCAGACUCCCGACGAUGGCGGCCACAUGCCCAUCAGCGGUCUUUUCGAAGAAAGCAGACAGGUUUUUACACCCCCCGCGGAGGCUGCCAAACAUUCUAAGACGAGGCUGGAAAGGAUCAAAGAUUGUCUGAAAAAGAUUGUCUGAAAAAGAUCAGACUGUGAUGAACACCGGGUAAGGUAGUCAUACUAGUCAAGCAAUACCAUUUGCCCGUUCAGUC